AACUACAUCACUCUACGCAUAUCGACAAAAAGACUUUGAAUCAUGCCAGCCUUGAAGUUUGUGAGAUCUGUUUGGGAGUCGUUCCGGGCCAACUCGGGUCUAGAGCCAAGACUUCUAAAUGGGCUUCGAGUCACUUCGGUGGUGCCCGGCCGCGUCAAGUUUGAACUGGAUAUACAAAAGGAGCAUACGAACCGACUCAACAUCCUUCAUGGAGGAACCAUAGCAAGCAUGGUCGACCUCGGUGGUUCAUUGGCUGUAGCUUCGCGUGGCCUCUUCGCUACCGGCGUAUCAACCGACCUAAACGUAACUUAUCUUUCUUCAGGUGGCAAGAUUGGCGAUAUGAUCAAGGCUGAGGUGACGUGCGACAAGUUCGGGAAAACUUUGGCCUUUACAUCUAUCAACUUUAGCAAUAGUAAAGGCGAGAUAUUUGCUCGGGGAAGCCACACAAAGUAUGUUGCUUUGGCCUGGAAAGAUCCUAACAAUAUUGUCGAAGAGCUGUCACCCAAGUCAAGCGAGAAAAAAGAUUAGACAGGAUUGAGUCUGUAUAGAUCAUGGACUAAUACGAUUUUUCUGAUAAUGUGUCGUUGACACGCACGCAUCCAUCACGGCCA